GAACGAGGCAUUCUCUCAAACAGCGCUCACUCGUCCAACAACAAAGACAUUUCAACUUUUAAUAAUAAGUUUCAAAACACCGGCUAUAUUCAUUACUAACAAUAUAUCAUAUAAAUAAUGUCAGUGCCUGAAUAUUUCGAACUGGAGAAUGGAGAUCGCAUGCCUAGAGUAGGCUUCGGAACUUGGCAAACAUCCGAGGAUGUGUUAGAGAAAGCUGUGGAUGCUGCAUUAAAUGCAGGCUACAGGCACUUUGACUCAGCGCGAGCCUAUGAAAAUGAAAAAGGACUCGGUAGAGCUCUCAGCCGAUGGAUUGGCGACAACGAAGAAAAAAGAAAACAGUUGUUUAUCGUCACAAAGCUGCCGCCUGGAGGAAAUCGUCCAGAUGUAGUUGAUGAAUAUUUUUCGGGUUCCCUCAGUGACCUUGGACUGAGUUACAUCGACAUGUACUUAAUGCACACGCCCUUCUCGUUCGAGCACAUUCCCGGCGAUCUUCAUCCAAAAAACCCUGACGGUUCCAUGAAAGUGGACCUCACGACUGAUAUUGUCAGCACCUGGAAGGAAAUGCUCAAGUUGAAGGAAUCUGGGCGGGUGAAACAUUUGGGUGUGUCUAAUGUAAACGAAGAACAGCUGAAGCGAUUGACUGCUAUAGCAAAACCGGAGUGUCUUCAAGUUGAAGUCCAUAUAUUGUGUCAGCAAGCACCCCUUCUAGAAGCUGCUAAACGGCUAGGAAUACCUGUUGUAGCCUAUUCACCACUUGGUUCUAGAGCACUUGCUGAUCUACUUGCCUCAAAGACUGGACGAGUAUAUCCUAACCAGCUAGAGCUGCCUGCUGUUCAGAAGAUAGCCCAGAAAUAUUCCCGCACGCCGGCUCAGGUUCUGUUGCGAUACUUGCUACAACACGGCGUCGCCGUCAUACCAAAGAGCACUGACCCCACGAGAAUAAAACAGAAUAUCUCUGUUUGGGACUUUGAGUUGAGUGAAAGUGAGAUGAAGGAGUUACGCGCUCUAGAUCGCGGCGAGGCCGGACGUAUAUGUGACUUCGGGUUUUUCGGAGGCGUAGAGAAGCACCCUGAAUUCCCAUUUAAAAACAGAACUUAGAAUAAUAUUUUUAGCCUAUUUUGAUGAAUAAAGCACAAUUUACAAUUAAAA